UCGAUUUGUUGCCAGGCUCGGGAAGCCUGUGUCCACAGGAAUUCCAGUUCGUUACAAACCCAAGAUGGCGGCUUCCAGGACAAAUGUCCGACUCCAACAAAACUUAUACGACGCGUUUUUAAGACACAGAAGAGGGGACUAUGACUCAUUACUGGAUGAGAACUUGAAAUGUGGCGGGGAAAAGAUACUCGAGGAAAAUGAUCCAAAAAAUAAAUAUCGCAUCAACGUUCAUUCUAUAUUUUGGAUGACAGCGGCCAUGUUGGUUUUUUACUACACAGACUUUUACAUUGCCAUAAAAGUAGAUGAUCGUAUCAACAGACCAUGGCUGUAUCUAGGUACUGCUCUGAUUGGAAUCAACGUCAUUGUCGGCUUAUACUUUGUCGUCUGGUGCAGUUAUUAUAAGAAAGUUACAGACUGGGACCAGGAAAGCCCUGCUCUCAUUCCAGUUGCUACAUUUUCAUUCAUAUCAGGACUUGUUUGCUGUACAAUAGCUCUCUGGCCUGUCUGGAGUUUUUUCACUCCAUUCAUCAUCUUCACGCUGUUUAUGGGUGUGGUCUUCCUGACAACACUGAUCCCGCUGUGAGAAAUGUUUAUCAACAAGUUUGGCACAGACUUUACUGGCAGGUCUAGAUGUCAUUGUGUUAGAUUGUCAGGAAAUGCUUUCUUGUGGACCUUACUAAAGAGUCUCAGCUAGUCACCAUGUUGUCAUCCUAGCCCAGUAUCAAGUGAAAACAAUAACAAAGCUCAGACAACAAUGAGCUUUGUUAUUGUUUUAACAGAGUUCAGACAACAAUGUGUACAGUAUACAGUAGAAAAGCCGGUAGAAUGAGAUCAUGCAAAAGUCAAGGUAAGUAAAUAGGGACUGUUAAAAGGUCAAUUCAGUUGUAAUAAAAAUACAAACAUUGGAUCCCAAUGAUUUAUACAGAGUCAUGGAUAAACAACUCAAAAUAAAAAUAGGAAAGUUCACAUUUUUAAUUAUUUUUAUUAUGCCACUAGCAUACAUAACAAUUUUUUCAUGUGCAAAUUACCAAAAACAGCAACAUCAAUUUGGAUGUUAGUCUUCUUUGCAGCUUUUGAACCUGUAAAGCUGCAAGAAAGAUGGGAUCUCAACUGAAACUAAUAAUAUGUAGAAUGAAGGAUUCUAUACAAGCGAAGUGUUUCCCUAAUGUAAACAAUACGAUCUAGCAUUACUUAGGCAAAAUGCACAGGAAAUAGAGACCACAAUCAAUAUUAUAGAUUGUAAAUUCACUGUUGAUAAUCUUUUAGAUUAAAAUACUGAAUGAUCAAAAUUUUGUAACAGUGCAAGCAGGGACUUGGCCAGAUGUAGUUUGUGUUUAUUAAUAAAAAUAAUAUUACAGAAACUGUACAAGUUCUUGUGAACUGGGCAUUUCCAAUAAAUGUACUCUAUUGUACAAUAGUGCAUUUAUGAAAAACUCUGGUUAAGCUUUAUAGGAUUAUCGAUAUUUUAUCAUUAUUCAAUUAUAUUGUUGUCUUCUUUGCAGCCAAUAACAUGUUUUGCUGGAAAGAAAACAACUAAACACAAAUAAUAUUAACAAUCCUAUAAACCAAAAUAUUUAACUACAUUGAAAUAAUAACAAUUCAAUAAUUAUUAGUUGUUGACCAUUUCUCAUAAAUGCACAGCUUUGGUACAUUUAAAAGAAAGAACAGAUAUGAAAGAAAUGUAUCUUAAAACAUUUUAUAUCCUAUGGAGUUGUUUUGUGUACAGCUAUGCUAGAUCAAUCAGUGAAAAGUUUGCUGUCAACAAAACAAUUAAAAACCCUUGCCAUACUAAUUAUAAUGUACAUAUUAAGAUGUAUACAAUGUGAGAAUCUAAUUAUGAUAAGUAUUAGAAUACUAUUAUCUUAAUAAAGUAUUGAAAUACUUUUUUAAGUACCAGAAACAUA